UGCUUCAGCACGGUGACCGUUUUGACACCGCUACUUCCCACAAUCCACUGCGAAGUGACGCCACUUCCGAAACCGGAAGUUACGUAUUACGUUCCCCAGUUGGUCGGUGGUGCGGAUACGUGAGCAUUUUGAAAAAAGGGUGAAGCCGUAACUCCAGCUGUCACUAUGGGUGAACGAAAAGGACAGAACCAUUACUACCCUCCGGAUUUUAAUCCAGUCAAGCAUGGAUCCCUCAAUGGCUACCAUAAAACCCACCCCCUGCGGGAGAGGGCCAGGAAACUGUCCCAGGGCAUCCUCAUCAUCAGGUUUGAGAUGCCCUACAACAUCUGGUGUGAUGGCUGCAAGAAUCACAUCGGCAUGGGGGUCCGUUACAACGCUGAGAAGAAGAAAGUGGGGAACUACUACACCACGCCAAUCUACAGGUUUAAGAUGAAGUGCCAUCUGUGUGUGAACUACAUCGAGAUGCAGACGGAUCCGGCGACCUGCGACUAUGUAAUAGUAACCGGAGGGAGCCGGAAGGAGGAGCGCUGGGACAUGGCGGAAAACGAGCAGAUCAUCACCACAGAGCACAAGGAGAAGGAGAAACUGGAGACAGAUGCCAUGUUCAAACUGGACCACGGUGGGAAGGACAAGGAGAAGAUGAAGAAGGCUCUGCCCUCUCUGGCCGAGAUCCAAGACUACCAGGCCAGCAAGAAGGACGACUUCCAGCUCAACAGCUCCCUCCGCAGGAAGUUCAGGACGGAGAAGAAAGUGAUUGCUGAGCAGGAGGAGAAGGACAACAUGGUGAGGCUGAGGACGAACCUGUCCAUCCCUCUGCUGCCGGAGAAGGAAGAGGACAAGAAGCUGGCAGCGCUGCUCACAUACCAGGCACCUGACUCCUAUGACGACAAGCAGCACAUCAAGAGGAAAGAGAUCUCCUCUCGCUCGUGGUUCACCUCCCCUUCUCCGACACCAGGAAGUCCUGCAGGAAAUCUGCUCCAUAAGCUGGGUCUGCAGGGGAAGGAGGCGGCCGUGGCCAAAGCCCUGAGCUCCUCUCAGAGCGCGCUGAUCCGCAGACGCUCCGCAGGACCGGGACCCAGAACUGAACCCUGUGCCACCGCCACGCGCAGAAACUCAUACCCUGAGAUCAACACGUGUGAAGGAGACGAAACGCCGAGUAUAAGCCCAACAGAAAUGAGUCAGGAUGUGACAGAGACUAAUGGCUCCAGAGAGACACAUGUUAAGACCACAGAGGAAGGAGUGACAACCACAAAGGAUUCUGGGAAGGAGAAGGAGCGAGGCAGGAGUUUAGGAGCGCUCACAUCCAUCAUGGCCGACUACAGCGACUCAGAUUCAGACUCAUGAGGCUGGAAGUCGAGCUUAAAGGGGACAAUUUCAUUUUCUUUCAGUGAAUGCAAAGUCAGUUUUAUCAAUCUUAAAUUGGAGACUGACUAAUCUCUGGUUAGCUCACCUGUCAGUUUACAGCGGAAACAUGUUAGUGUUCUAAUCCAAAAUGUGUGAUUCGAGAUUAAAAUGUAAGCUUGAUUUGUUGCAGAAUGCCCUGUCAGUGAUAGGGCGGCUUCCUGUUAGUUGAUACGUUUCCUAAUUGUUCAUUUUGGUAUUUCUUCAGACGAUUAUUUAUUUUUUAAAAGAUUGUUUUCAUGCUGAAUAACUUAAUUUGAAAAGUGCAUAUCUGGUAGAUUUAAAGUGUUGCUUUUGUAUUCUUUCUGAUUAUUUUACACAUCCGUCAACUAAAUCCAACACACAUCAUUUUGGGACUGUCCUUGUCACACAUGUGUUAUAUAAUGACUUCCACAUGUGUCUAAUUUGUCUCUUCAAGUUAAUCUGACCUGUAAAUAAAGGUUUCUUUGCUGACUAA